AUGUUCGACUUCAGCUGCGCAUCUGCCUGCAAUCCUCCCAACCCUGGAGCCAACACGGUGAAGGUGAACAUGGAGGACAUUGCGAAGCGCAAUGCUGAGGAAGUUGAGGCCAAGCGCAAGGCUGAGGAGGAGCAGCGUCGCAAAGCAGAAGAAGUGCAAAAGCAGGAAGCCGCACGACGUGCUGAGAAGGAGGCCGAAGAACGCAGGCAGAAAGAGCAGGAGGAGGUGAAACGUUUGGCCGACCAAGAAAAGGCCAAGGAAGCAGCUGCAGCUGCCGCGGCCGCUGAAGCCGCAGAUAUUGAGAAGAAGCGCCUGGAUGAGGAAGCGGCUGUGCGAAAGAAUGAGACAAUGGCAUGGCUCAAGAAGCAAGGUUUUGCGGGUGUAAACAAGCCGAAGAAGUCAUUCUUCAGUGGCACUACCUACGCCUUACACAAAGCCGCAGAGACAGGCAACGCCAAGAUUGUUGGAGGGCUUCUUGAGCAAGGCGCCAACCCUUCGCAGAAGAAUUCUGCUGGCAAGACUGCGCAGGAGGUGGUCAUGAAGAAGAAGAAAGCAGACUCUCACAAGGAGGAAGGUCAUGGACACCGCACGGACGUGUGGUGGACCUCUCUCUCGCUGGUGCCCAUGAGCGGCCUAGCGUGUCCCAUUUUGCCGGAAG